AGAUGUGCAGUAUAAGAAUGAGACACUAACCUUCACACCAGAGAAAAAACACUUUAAAGGAGCAGGGAGGAUAGAUGAGUUUAAAUGUCAUAUCCAGAAGUGAACACAAUUGAGAAGUGAGAUGAUACAGGUUCUUCGUGCAGGCAGAGCAACCCAUGCCUGUGUGGGUUACCGUGUUCAUCAUGGACCUGGAGUUGUGGUGCAUUACAGCACGGCUCCUGCAGCUGGGGCUCCGGACAGCAGCAGGAGUUUCUGUCUGUCCAGAGAGAGGCUCACCAUGCAGCAGCUCAACAGGAGGAUGGCCUCAUACCUGCAGCAGGUCCAGAGUCUGGAGGUGGCCAAUCAGGGGCUGGAGCAUCAAAUCCAGGAGGAGCUGGACAGGAAGUGUCCCCAAGAGCUGAGUCAGCUGGACGGACACCUGAAGGCAGUGUCCCUGCUGCAGGAUCAGAUCAGUGAUUGUCUCUCGGCCCAGGCUCAGGUGAAGCUGCAGCUGCUCGGUGCAGAGCUCGACGCCUUCGACUUCAGCUCCAGGUGUGAUAAGGAGCGUGAGCGUCGUGGAAGUGUGGAGGCAGAGCUCGGUGACCUGAGGCUGCUGCAGGAGGGGCUGCGGCUGCACACUCUGCCAGAGCUCCACAAACUGCUGAGAGACCUCACACAGCACCUGAUGGAGCUGCAGCAACAACACCGGCAGGACACGCAGGGUCUCUUCGCCCAGGCAUCAGGGGGUGUGGCUGUGGAGAUGCAGACGGCGGGGUCAUCAGAUCUGAUGCAGCAGCUGGAGCACCUGAGGAGGGCCAGUGAGAGCCUGCUCCACAAGAAGCAGUGCUCCAACACCCAGGUGUCUAUGCGGAGUUCUCCGGCAGUAACCUUUGAGCCUCGAGCAGGGUCAGCGGUCGUCCAGGCCGAGGUUGAGGAGCUGAGGAGAACCGCAGGAGGUCUGGAGGAGGAGCUCACACAGCUGCAGGAUCUGAACAUGGUGUUGGAGGCCUCAAGUCUACAGCAGACAGAGUCCUUUGACCUGCAGCUGGUGGACCUGGAGCAGAGAGCAUACGUCCUUGGCAGAUACCUGGACUCAAAGCUGCAAUCUGCAGCUCAGCGGGCUGCAGAGCAUCAGGCCCUGCUGGAGGUUAACAGCAGACUGGAGACCCAGAUAAAGGACUACAGGGGGCUGCUGGAUGUAUCGAGUAAACAAGGGUUUCCAAAUCCACAGACAAACUUUACAGCUAACGUCUCAUUGUUCUGUGCUAAAACCAGCUCUCCUGCCUACAACAAAAACAUCAUACCAAACGGUACAGUAAGCAUUCGGGGUGGAAAUCUCAGGAUGACGGGGGAUCAAACUGUCUCUAGAGGCCACACACACAAUGUCAUCCAACAGCAAUCAAAGAACUCACCAUUAAGAUCAAGUAACACUUCAAAUCUGACAGGAUCAUUCCACAAGUCUGAAAACCAGGGCACAGGAGCUCUUACUAAAAGAACAGAGAGUGAAUCCAUGACCAUCACAAAAACAGUCAACAGAAAGGGAAGUUCUGUGGAGGAUAAAGUCCAUACUAAACAUUGUGAGCUGCAGAACUCGUCGAAUGUCAGUACUGAGAUUAGCCAAGAAUUAGAAGAACGGGCUGGUGGCAAAGCUUCUACACCGAAGAUAACUACUACACAAGAAAACACGACAUUGGCAAAACCAGAAGAUUUUACUUUUAAACAAACUACCACAAAAACUGGUUUGCAGGCUGAUCAAACAAGGAACCAUGUUGAAACAGAAGUCCCUCAAAACAUUCCUUGUGUGGAACCAGACAUGAAGCAAGAACAGCAUUUGGCAUCAACUGAACCUAGUAAAGGAGCUGAUGCAGAGGUAAAGAAAGAGCCAGAAUCUACAAAGGUUGUGUCUUUAAGUCUGAAGAAUCAAGCAGAAGAUGCAGGGAAAGUUACAGUUACAGCAUUGUUUGCUUCUGUAUCUCACAUUCUUACAUCUGAGGAGGAUCAGGGUAAGGUCUCUAGUGAAGUAGCUGAUAUUACUGCUUCUAAAGUGGAGAUUAAUACUCGACAAGGAAAAAACACAUUAGUUCUUGACACACACUUUGCCAAGAGUGCUGCUGUUGAAAAAAAAACAGAACCUUAUAAACAAACGAACGCAGUUGAUAAAACAGGGACACACGUACAAACAGAGGUUCCAAAAAACAUUAUUUGUGCAGAACCAGAAGCAAAGCAAGAACCACAUUUUGCAACAACCGAUCCCAGCAAAGAGACCACUGCAGAUGUAAAGAAAGAACCUGAAUCUAUGACCUGGGCUCCCAAAGAUUGCACAGACAAAGGUCCUGCACAAGUUGUGUCUUUGAGUUUGGAUACUCAUACUGAUGGGGGUGAAGUUGUUGUUACAGCAUCCGUGGUUUCUGUAUCUCACAUGCAUGGGUCUGACGAGGGUCAGGGUAAGGUCUCUGUUGAUAUGAUCCUGAUCGAGGACAUGGAUGUAGAAAAAGAAGAAAAGAAAGAAGAAGAAGUAGUAAAAGUAGAAGGUACAUUCCCCAAUGCAUCGAAUGGUGAACACAGAAAAGUCAUGGCAGAAGCAGAUAUACAGUCCAGUAAUGCAAUUGCUUCAUCUGGUGGCCAAGACAGCAAAUACAACAAUGAGAGUAAAUCUCCAAGUACAGAGAUUUCAAAGGAACUUGAAUUAGAAGGGAACUUUUUUGUGGGUUUCCAUGAUACCCUUGAGGAAAAGGUGGACCCUACUGAGUCAGACAACAAUAUCAUUUAUAUAACAGACCAAGAAGCAGUGAGGAGUAUCACAAAGUCAAGAAAGUCAAUUUUAAGUUUAACAGAUUCUGGUGUGGCUUUGUGUUUAUCCGACCAUGAGGAGAUUCUGAGUCCAAAUAAGCCAUUUGCAUGCUUAAGUCCAGAAACAUUUCUAAGCCCAGAUGAGACCGAGGUGUUAAUGAGCAUGACAGAUCAAGUAUUUUGCCCCGUUGAUCCAGAAGAAGAUGUUAAAAGUCCUGAUUCUCUUAUGAGUCCAAAUGACACAGACAUAUGUUUGAGUCCAGUUGAGGUUAAGGUGUGCCUGAGUCCAAAUGGUGAAGAACAAGAAGAAGAACACGAAGAAAUCUGUCAGAAUCUAACUGAGGCGAUUGCACACGUAAGACCAGUUGAGAAAUACGUUCUCUCGACAAAAGAGGAAGGCCAGUCUCUGUCCUUUAGUAGAGAUCAAACUUUGCCAGAAGAGGUAAGUAAUAAAGUAAGCGUUACAGUGAGAGAUGAGGAUAGUUUGUGUUUUGAAUCAUGUCCAAGCAGUCUUGAAGGCAUGGAGUUUAGAAGUCCAGGUGGUCGUAGUAUCAUAGCAGACAAAGAGGAAGAGAAUGGUUUUGGAGGUCUGUAUCGUAAAAGUGUAAGAGAUAUGGGAAAUCCCAUGGAGAGUAACAAAGAUACAACUCGCAUUGUAGAUAAAAAAGAAGUUCAGAAUUUAAAGGAAGGAGGCAAGUGUGACUCAGUAGACGAGAAAGAGACAGCCAGUAUGGAUGGUAAAGGGAGGAGACAGAAAAGCAAUGAUUGGCUGGGUGCUAAGGAGACAAGUAACAGUCAAAAAGUGUUUGUAAGGUCAGCUAGCUUUGUAAGUCUCCCUGCAAAUGAAGGAACUACCUUUUACGAUACGGCUAAUAAUUCAGGAGGUAGUAUUAUGUCAAGUAAUCUGGCAGGUAGUAUUGGUGGCGUGGCUGCAAAUUCAUCAGGUAGGGUCAGUGGUAAUGCAGAAGCUGUGGUAGAGGGAACUUUUAGGCAGAGAAGUGGAAACUCGAUGGUUUAUGGUGGCAGUCUUGAAUGCAAAAGUACAACCUUACCCAGAACAGGGAGAGAAGAAAAACUGUCAGGCAACACGCUCCCUGUAGCAAGCUGGUCAGAAAAAGGGUGGUUCGGCAGUAGAGGAAGUGAGGAGUGGGUAGUUUAUGGUGGCAGUCUUGGACAUAAGAGCAGCCUUGAUGGUGGCACUUGCUUACCAAGUGAAAGGAAAGAAGAAGGUCCAUCAGUUGCCUUAAACCCUUCAACAAGUGCAUCAGAAAAAGGAAGAUUCGGAAAUAGAGGGAAUGGAGAAUGGAGGGUUUGUGGAGGCAGUCUUGGACGUGAAAGCAGCUUGCAGAGAACAGGGAGUCAAGACAGUCCGUCAGUAGGAAUGAUCCCUGCAACAAGUCCACCAGAAACAAGAAGGUUUGGAAGUGGCGAGUGGAUGGUUUCCAGCCGCAGUCUAAAACGCAGUGAUAGUGUACCCAUCCCACAGAGCAGGGACAGCCAGUCAACUGCCAUGCAUCUUCCAACAAGUCCUCCAGGAACAGGGAGAUUUGGUCUCAGAGGGAGUGGCGAGUGGAGAGUCUACGGUCAGAGUUCUGGACGUAUAAGCAGCAAUACCUUACCCAAUGCAAACAACGUAGAAAGCCAUUUUAUGGCAAUGCAACAAGCAACAAGCCCACCAAGAGAGCAGAGGCUUGGCAGUGGAGAUAGUGGAGAGUGGAGAGUUUAUGGUGGGUGUACUGGACGUUUGAGUAGUGCCACUAAUGCAGACAGGGUCAGUGUCAAAGCGAAUUUUGGCAAAGUCAUCAGUCCGCCAAGUAGCUACACAAGUACUGCACGAAGACUCAGCAGUACUGGUAGUGGUGGCAGGCUCUCGGGUGGUGUUGUUAGGCGCAGUAGCAGCGUAGGUAGUGGGGGUAGUUUGAGUCGCUCAGGAAGUGGAAGCAAACUCAGCAGCUCACCAGGGAGCCAUAGGAUCAGCAGCUAUGGGAGAUUCGGCAGCACUGGCAGCGGCGACUCAAAGCCAGUUUACAGCUCAGCCAACGAACGGAGGAGCACAGUAGGUAGUGCAGGGCGAUCAGGUGGAGGGGGAACAACCAACAGCCAACGAGCCCAGAGCCCUGGUUGGCUGAGCAGUUCACCAGCUGGCGGAAGAGGCAUGGGAAGCACUGGGAGUGCAUCUAAAUGCAGCAGCGGAGGUAGCAGUGACAGAAUUAGCAGCCGAGGGGUUGUAAGGAUUAGCAGCUCCCCUGGGUCAGGGGGGACCAAAAGCACUGGGGGGAGGGUCAUCAGCAGCAGCGACCGGCCAAUCAGGAGCACAGGCAGCGGAGCCGGAGGCAACAAGGAGAGAAUCAGUGUGUGUAAGAUGGCGGCGCUGUCAAUCUCUGCAGCCGGAAGGGAGAGAAGUCAGGAAAGACAAAGACAAGCUCAACAAAAACAAAAACAACCAGCUGCAGUUACUUCUCCCCUCGUGCAGCGCUGGCUGACCACAGGUGUUGGGGUCACAGGUGACAAAUCUGAUGACAUCUUGUGAAUGGACCACUAAAGAGAAGCGGUGUGACAUCAUGUUCAGUUACAGUAUAUAUGAUAGUUAUGGUGUGGUAUUACGUGGUAUUUCAGUUCAGUGGUUCACUAGAUACAUUGGCGGAAAGGUAGAUAAACAAAAUACUUUUUUCAACUUUUCUCCUAGCUUUUCUGCUUUAGUAAAAUAUUUAGUAUGUUCUGCCCUCAGUUUCAGUUUGUGCCCUAAACUGUUUGGAUUAUUUUAAUGUGAAAAAUGUACAUCUUAAUCUGUGGAAUAUAUAAGUAAUUCACAAGUAUCUCUUAAUUGUAUGGAAAACUUUCAAUGAAUUCCACCAGUCUUACAUUUCCACAUUUCUACAUAGGAAUAGUUUAAAAUCUUUAUGUGUUUAAUCAAAACACAUAAAGAUUAUAUUCAAAUAACAACCACUGUGUAGUUCUAGUACUAGAGUAGUGUUAACGUUUUAAGCGACUUUAUAAGACUUUUAAUCAUAAUCAUCACUUUCAUUCUCUUGUUUUAAGUUUUAAAGUUGCACAGAUAUUAAAUGUGGUUUAUAUCCGUUUCUGUGUCUUUGUGUUGCAUUCAUGUUGCCAAUAUAAUCAAUAUUUAGCCUCACUGUUCAUGUUGAUUCAUACCUUUUUUAAAGAUUUUAUCUGGUCAUGUAGUUUUCUCUGUGGUGUUUAGUCUCUGUUUUUCAUCAUGUUGUUGUAGUUAUUUUUCAAACUUCAUAUAGUUGUACAUUUUGAUCUGAAAAUAAAGAAGAUAAAUAAC